CUGCCGAGAGAGCAGAUCAGUAGUCAGUGUUCUGAGUUCAUCUCGAGCGUAGUUCUGAUAAGUGACGGAAAUCGAAGUUUUCUCGUUAAUCUACUUUACGAUUGGAAGUACCCGGAAUACUAAGAGAUAAUCGAAAGAACAAGACAUCUGACGCGGAGUUCAGCGAUACCGAUUUCUUAGUUUUUCAAACGAACCCACACAAAUCGAAUUCAUCAAUCUUCGAAUCAAUUUAGUUAGUAAUUUCUCGUCGAUCAUGAGCCGCAGUGGCAUGGGAGGAUAGCACUCGCCAUUGGUUGUGCUUAGUAGUGAGAACGAAAGUGAUACAAGUUCCGCCGGGUGGUGCACAAAGACAAUAGUCAAGCUGAAGUUGGCCAGAUCUUUCAAACUGGAAAAGGUUCCGCGAGGUGCCAAAGUUAUGAGAAAAGCUACAGGCCUUCCGCUGCAUUUGACCCACUCGUACCGCAGACGCCGCAUCAAGUUUUGCGAUAGUUUUUUAAGUAGCCGUAGUAGUAGUAGUAGUGACGAUCAACGGGGAAGUCAGAACAUACGGCUGGAGCUUCGCCUGGAGAGUAUUAGGAGUCACAUUUGAAGUGAGGCCCGGGUCACUGUUACGCAGUAUUAUUUUUAAGCCAGUAUCCUCGAAAGUAACACGAUCUGGAAGAACCCACGAACUCGAACAGAUCGGCAACAGCAACCCAUCGAUCGAAAGCGACGGAAAAGCGGCUGCGUCUGCGAAACCAGCCAAGGUAAAUCUCCUCCGAACGGAGAAGUUCCUCCGAGCAAAGCAGCCUGUGAUUGCGCGGAAACCGGCACAGAAAUGGUGGCCGCCGGGAUCAGCAAUUUCCACUCCGAGCAGCGAAACGAUCCACUGGUCCGGGAGUUGCGACGAGUGCGGGAGCAGAACGCUCAACGCUACAAGGAAGACUACUCGCAUGUGUUUCGAAAUAAAACGCGAUGGGACUUUAUCCGCCUUUCGUUCGUCAUCAUGGGCAUCGAGUUUGUGUACUCGGCCGAAACGGCGUUCGUGUCGCCGAUUCUGCUCGGCAUAGGAGUCGAGCAUCAGCUGAUGACACUGGUUUGGGCCAUUUCGCCGAUGAUCGGAUUCUUCCUGGCGCCGAUUCUCGGAACGUACAGCGAUCGUUGCAAGGCGAAGAUGGGCCGCAGAAGGCCGAUCCUGUUGGGCCUGUCGAUCACGAUGGUGCUAGGCUGCAUAUUGGUGCCCUUCGGGGAGAACGUCGGCCGCUGGUUCGGUGAUUUGGGGGAGAUUUUCCCGGAGGUGCCCACCAACGUCAGCGAGGUUUUGAAUUCCAACUUGACCGCUUUCAUGCCAUAUGAUUUCUACCGGGUAGAAAAAGAGAUCAUUGAUCACGAGAUGGACUUCAAGUGGGCCAUCUUCUUCACCAUUUUGGGAACGUUGCUGUUGGACUUCAGUGCGGAUACUUCACAGACGCCGGCCCGUGCCUAUCUGUUGGACAUUUGCUUGCCAGAGGACCAUGGCCGCGCUUGCAGCACCUUCUCGAUCAUGGCCGGCAUCGGAGGCAGCCUGGGUUACGCACUCGGCGGUUUCAAUUGGGACAAUACCGCUUUCGGAGAUUUCCUCGGCGGAAGCAUCAAAACAGUGUUCACCUUGGUCGGGGUCAUCUUCAUCGUGGGUCUGGUCCUCACCGUUACCAGCUUCCGGGAGAUUCCUUUGCCACUGAUGGAAAAGGACGAACUGUUGCGACCGUUGACCGAAUCCACUAUCAAGAAGGAACGUGCCAAAUUGGACGACAAGAUCUUCUACAUUAAGGACGUGAGCCGGGCAUUCGCUCUACAGCUGCAAACCAUUGACGAAAAAGCACAUCCUCCAGCACCGCAGUUGAUCAAUAACGCACUGGUUGUAGAGGCUGAAAGAGGUCAACAAAUGGAGGCAUGCUGCUCAUCGGACUCCGAUUCUGAAGACGAAUCUGAAAAGGCAAUGAGCUUGAAAGACUUCUUGAAAAGUAUCUUCAUGAUGCCCAAAUCGAUUGCGAUCCUGUGCUUCACAAACCUGCUCUGCUGGAUGGGCCACCUGAGCUUCUGCUUGUACUUCACCGACUUUGUUGGCGAGGAAGUGUUCAAAGGCAAUCCGGCUGCUCCGUCGACAUCCGAGUCCUAUCAGCUGUACCUAGAAGGAGUUCGGUACGGUUGUUUUGGACUGGCAAUCUACUCGCUGGCUUGCUCGUUAUAUUCGUUUACAAUCGAAAAAUUGAUCAAAAUUCUACGAGCACGUAUUGUCUACUGCGGAGGACUGAUGAUCGACGCCAUUGGAAUGAUCAUGAUGGCUAUGUUCCCCAACAAGAUUACCGUGUUCGUAUUCAGUGCUUCCGGUGGAAUUGUCUACGCACUGCUGUUCACCAUGCCGUUCCUCUUGAUCGGCCAGUACCAUGCCAAGGGACAGUUCAAAGCGAACAAGUCUCUGGUAGCGGACAAACCGGAAAAGAAACGAGGCCUGGCGACCGACAUUGCCGUUGUCGGCGGAAUGAUUUUUCUCGCACAGAUCAUCGUUUCUUUGGGAAUUGGAUCGCUGAUCGAGGCGCUCGGAACGACGUCUGCGGUUAUCUACACGGCCGGAGUUUGUAGUUUCCUGGCAGCACUGGCCUCUACGCAGGUCGUCUAUAUGGAUUUGUAAUCACUCAUACAGUAGCCUAAUCGCAGAAGUCUAAUACUUAACUAAAAUGCAGACCUCCACUAAAAAAACACUAAUAUAUGUAAGUGCCAGUUAGACUAUUUUAUCGAAAAACGUAAAAAAAA